AUGGAUUCUGUAAACUACAUAGCUAGACUGAAUGAAUACGCACAAAAAGAGCGACUGGAGCUGAAGUAUGAGGAAGUUGGAUGUGUUGGACCUGACCACAUUAGAACGUUUACUUUAAAAGCUGUUGUGAAUGGAAAGCCAUACCCUGAAGGUGUGGGGAAGAACAAGAAAGAAGCCAAACAGAGUGCUGCUAAAAAUGCCCUGGUGCACUUAUUGAAUGAAACUUCAGUUUCUACAGGAAGCGUUGCAGAAGUUUCUUCUCCUCCGGUUCAGGUGAAAACUAAUUACAUGUGUUGGCUGAAUGAAUAUGGACAAAGUAAUAGGCUCAUGAUAAGGGCUGUGGAGAAAAUCACACCUGGACCCAAUAAUUUAUCUCAGUAUUGUAGGUUUGUGGUGGGAGACAAGGAGUUUCCAGCUGCUUUUGGGAAAACCAAGAAGGAAGCCAGGGAGGAAGCUGCCAGGCUGGUGCAUCAUGAGAUAUUAGGCAAUGAAACCUUAGAUACUGGAGAUGAUCGGGACAGUGGCACAUCAAGUCUGCCUAGUGAGGAAGUUGUCUCAGAUAUCAGUAAUCGUGCCAAGCGGUUGAGCCUGCAGUCUGAAGACAGCAUCCUUACAGAAACAAACUUCAUUGGACUGGUCAAUUCUCACUGUCAGAAGACAAGGAGCACCUGUGCGUUUGUAGAAGAUAAAAGAAUUGGCCCCCCUCAUAACCCAAUAUUUUCCUACAAGUUAUUGAUUAACAACGUGCAGUACUCCGUUGGUGAGGGCAAGAGCGUCAAGGAUGCCAAACAGAAUGCAGCUCGACUGGCCUUGUCUGCACUGAAGGAGCAGUCAGACUGGGACAGCAAGGUAGCUGGGUCUGAUGACAGCACACAAGCCAAGCAGUCCCCUCCAACAAGCACACCGGACUCUGGUCGCACAAAAUCAGGCCUGGUGACAUCAGCCACAAGCGAAUCAAUUGUUUUCAUGGAUCCAUCAAACCCAGCCAAAGAUCAGGCGAUAAGUCCAGUUGUGAAGCCUAAAAUAAAAAUUGCUGCAAUUUUUCCAAAUGUCAAAGAGAAAAGUAAAGAGGACAUAAUAAAUUUCAAAACCAAUCAGAGAGGAAAUCUUCAGAGUGUAAAAUCACCAACUCAGACAGUUUCAAGUUUCAGCAGAUUUGCAACAGACUACGAAUCCAUAGAACAGCUCGAUAAAGGAGCUUUUGGUCGUGUUUUUAAGGCGAAACGUAAACUGGAGGGAAAAUAUUAUGCUGUAAAGAUUGUGCGCUACAAAGAAAAAACUCUGGAGGAGGUGAAGGUGUUGUCAGAGCUGAAUCACUGUAACAUCGUUCGGUACCACUCCUGCUGGCUGGAGGACACGGCCUACCAGUGGGACGCUUCCACUGACAGCAGCAGCGCUUCACAGUCUAGCACUGACCAGUUUAUGAAGUAUCUCUACAUUCAGAUGGAGUUGUGUGAGAUUAAAACACUGCGGGUUUGGAUAGACGAGAAAAACAUCCAGAACCCUAAAAAAUCCCUCAGAGACUCCAGGAGAAGAGAAGAGAGUGUGGAUAUUAUGGUGCAAAUGGUCAGCGGAGUCGAGCACAUUCACACCAACAAGCUCAUCCACAGAGACCUGAAGCCCGCUAACAUCAUGUUCAGCCAGAACGGCACAGUGAAGAUCGGAGACUUUGGUCUCGUCACGUCUGAGAUUGAAGAUGAUGCAGAGAACCAGAAGGAGAGAAGAGGGUAUAAAGGAACUCCAUCUUACAUGGCGCCUGAGCAGAAGGAACGGAGGCUUUAUGAUCGGAAGGUGGACAUAUUUGCUUUGGGGCUUAUAUUUUUUGAACUCCUUUGGAACAUACCCACUAUCCAUGAGAAAGAAAAGAUGUGGACAGAUGUCAGAAACCAAAAGUUUCCUAAACCAUUUCCGUGUCAUUUUUCUCAAGAGAGCCAAAUGAUAAAAUCGAUGCUGUGUGAAAAACCAGAAGAACGACCGGAAGCAAGUAAAAUAAAAACAGAUUUAGAGGAGCACAAACGUUUGCUUGCAGAGCUUAAAAUCAAGCAGCUUGACAGCAAGACAGUAAUCUGAUUACUUCACUGACACAUUUGGAGCCCUGACAAGGAUCAAUUAUUCAUUUAGUGACCAGUUAUGUUGGACUCAGAAGUUUUUUAACUAAUGCAGUGAAACUGCUUUAAAGAUGAAAUAUAUUUCUAAAUGCUUGAGCUUAUUGAUUUGAUUUAAGUACAUUUGAAACGCAAGAACCUGGAAAAUCUGAACUUGAAUGUUUCAGUAUUUGCUUUUACGACAAAAUCACAUUCAUGGGAAAUACAUUUUAAUGAUAAAAAAAAACUAAAUGUGAGAGAAACUGGAUGGAAAUGUUCCACAGUAUGUAAAAUUUAAACCCUUAGAACACAACAUUUUCUGAUUGUGAAGUACAAAUAAUUAACCACAUUUGUGCCUUCGGUGUGUUCACGUCCUUGAUCCGUUAUAUACAGCACAAGUCAGAAGUUUACAUACACUUUGGAUCUGCAUGAGUGUCUUCCAUUCUGAUAUUUAUCAGAUUUAUUUGAAUCAUGUGUUUCUCGUGGUGGACUUGAUAAUAUAACUACAACUCCAGUGUUGUUUUUUGUUCUUUGUUUUUGUUUUUUUAGAUAUGACUCUUUAUUUAUUGUUAAAUUCUCUUUUAUCCAAACAGAGUCACUAUCAUACAGACUCAAAUAUAUACAUACACCCCUUCCAAUAUUUGGUUAAAUGUCUCUUAGAAAGUUAUCCCUAAACCACAGAUGUUUUGUAACCAUCAACAAACCUCUGGCAAAACUGUCUGGAUAUUUGAAUGUUCAUUUUUGCAGAAAUAGUGGAGUUUAAUUUAAACUGGUUGGUUUGUUGGCACAGACCUGGUUAAGUCUAGAAAUCUUUAACAUGGUUGAGGUCAUUGCAGGAGGUUAUUGUUAGCCUGCUUUAUUCACUCUAAGCACGUUUUCAUGUCAUGUUUGUCGAGCUGGGUCCAACCCUCUGACUCAAACUGUUAUCCUUGAGGUGUAUGAAGUAGAUACACUGUUAUUUACAAAGUAAAUGAUGGUAUGUAAAUACCAAUAUUUAUGGUAUUUACACAGAUUAUUACACAGAUGCUAGUGGUCUGUGUUAAUACAUUUUGUAUUUAAACACACCAAUAAUGAGAAUGGAGGACAAACUCCAUAUACUUGAAUUGGGGCGCCCAAGUCCAGUCUUCAAGAGCUGCUAUCCUGCAACUUUUAGAUGCAUCCUUUCUCCACCACAGCUGCAUCAAACGGCUGAAUUCUGCGGUGACUCAAACAUCAAAACGCUGCAAACACAUGAAUGAUGCAAACUCCAAAACAUACAAACACACCAAAAAA